CAUUCGCCCGCCAUAUUAUUAGCAUUCAGGCUGCAUUCGUGACGGUGACAGUAGCGUAAAUAUUUUCUGAAACAAAAAUGUCAGGCCGUGGUAAAGGUGGAAAAACAAAGGCAAAGGCUAAGAGCCGUUCAACAAGGGCUGGGCUGCAGUUUCCAGUCGGCAGAAUCCACAGAUUGCUCAGAAAAGGAAAUUAUGCAGAACGUGUUGGUGCUGGUGCUCCAGUCUACCUGGCUGCUGUUCUCGAAUAUCUAGCGGCAGAAGUUCUCGAGUUGGCGGGCAAUGCAGCCCGUGACAACAAAAAAUCCAGAAUAAUUCCAAGACAUCUUCAACUGGCCAUCCGAAAUGACGAGGAGUUAAACAAACUUCUUUCUGGAGUGACCAUCGCACAGGGAGGCGUGUUACCAAACAUCCAAGCCGUGUUGUUGCCUAAGAAAGCCGCAGCUGCUGCCGCCAAAGGAAAGAAGUCAUCCCAAUCGCAAGAAUACUAAAUUGAGAGGCGUGAAUUGUGCUGUUGACAUUUUUAGCCAGGACACUGAACAUUUAGUUGGCCAACACCGUGCAACUUGCAAGCACGAUCUGUUGAACCAGCUCGGCAGACAUUUGUGUUUCCCGCCAAGUGUGUGAUACCAGGUCAUCCAUUGAAGGGGUACCUGUGUUGUGAAAUCAAACAUUUUUAACUCAUUCUAUUCGUCUUAAUUCAUACUUCAUCGUCCUCUGCAUGUUUCUUUUAGACUUAAACAUUCUUUUUUUGUGUCUUUAACCAUUUUGUCAUAUGACUCAUUGAUAAUCUUGUUGCACAGAACAUAUCAUUUCAACUGAAACCUGUUCUAAGACACAUUCAUCUUUUAUCCUCCUCUCAUUUGUUGAAGAAUCGUAUAUUUACGACAUAAAUUUACAUGUACA